AUGUUUAAUAAACUGCUAUAUACUUUUUAAAUAGAAUAAUAAACGUAUUAAAAAGAGUAAAGUAAUUACAUCAUAUUUAGAUAGAUGGUUUAUAUGAUCAUUAAGAAAAACCAAUUAUAUUUAAUGAUGCUAAUAUUGAAUAAUUAAAAUAAAUAAAAAUAGAAAAAAUAAUAUUACCUAACUAAUUACUAAAAUUAAAAACAUUAGAUUAUCAAUUACUUGCUAAAGAGUUAGAAAAUAUACCAAUUUUAUUUCAUCAUAAACAAUAAAAGAAAGUAAAAAAUAGAUCUAGCUAAUAGUUAUUCACUUUUAUAAAUAGUUUGAUAAAAUAAGCUUUGAUUUUAUUAGUAUCUGAAUAAUAAUUAAAAAAUUUCAAUCUAAGCUGUUAUAAUUAUAGCCGAGAUUAAAUAGGUUUAGAUAUUAAUUAUAAUAAAUUAAAAGAUUGA